GGCGGAAUUGACGUGCUAGGGUAGUUGUGUGAAAACGGAAGUCACGUGACACGGCUGGCAGCGCUGUCAUGUGAUGGUCCCUGCGUUUGCAACGAAGCUCUAUACAGCCAAAAGACAAGCAAAAUAAAAAACAGCUCCUGAGACGAAAAACUCACACAGAAAGGAGAUUGAACCUGCUGAACGUCUAUCAUGGGGUGCUGUUUCAGCAGCGAUAGCGAUCCGUCGGAUCAGAACAGUGACGAGGUGAAGCCGUUGAUUCCUGACCCAAACCAGGAGAGAAAACCCACCAAUGGCUCGGAGCGAAACGCAGACAACCUGACGUCCAACCGCACAGACGAGCAGGCCUUGCUCACAGUCAUCCUGCAGCGGACAGCCUUGAACAUAAUUGAUGUGUCGGCUGUUGAUUCUCAAGGCAUGGAGCAGCAUGAAUACAUGGACAGAGCCAGACAGUACAGCACCAAGCUGGAGGUGUUGAGCAGAACGCUGUCUCAGAAGAAGCCGGUUCCUCUCCCGUCACUGACCAGCCAACCUCAUCAGGUGCUCGCCGCUGACCUGGUCCCCUACGCAGACAUACAGCAGGUCUCUAAGAUCGCUGCGUACGCCUACAGCGCCAUCUCACAAAUCAAAGUAGAUGCCAAGGAAGAGCUGGUGGUGCAGUUUGCUAUACCAUGAUUCAAAAGAUGGACCCCGUUCCCCCCACAUUCUCUGUUUCUGUCUCUCUUUCUAGCCCUUUUCACUCCUCCGUUCUCCUUCCAAUCUUCUUGAGAUUCAGACGCCCAUGUCUUUGUUCUCUGAAUGUCCUGCAGAUAAAUAUAAUUCACCCCAACCAGAGCUCCUUGUGUAAAUCCGUCACCCGAGACCCUUCAGGGCCGCCACAGCACAGAUCCGAGAGGGUAAAACCGUCUGAUCUACUGUCUUUGCUAUGACGAGUUGGAUUCGAUCAGUUACCGGUAGCUCUUCAGGUGCGUUCAUGCAUUAAUCAAACCUUUUACAACUGAAAAGUACAAUUCGACAGUCGUGUCAAGCUGCUACGAAUGCAUAUUUUAGUUUUAUUUGUUCUUGUUGUUUCUUUUUCUGUUGGCUUUUCAGUCAGUUAGACAUUGUUAAACCGAGUAGCACAUCCAGACUUCCCAAUUAUUCUUGUACUUGUACUAAAUUUAUUGUAGUUUUGCUCAGUCUUAACACAUAUGUUGUGGUUCAGCAUAAUUCUGCAUGUAAUUCAUUCGUUCGCCUGAAGGAUUCUGGAAUCACUGUGGUUUAGUGUUCAUUAUUUCUAAUUUAAAUACCAUAACUGUAUGCACUGUGGUUCAAUAUUGGGAUGCAGAUGAAUAUGGGCAACAUACAUAAAUAAUACUUCUGUCUAACUAACCAGAGAAACACGCGUAAUGCCACAUUAACCCUUUUUUAUUUUUUAUUCUUUAUUUAACACAUUCGAAAGCAGAACUCUCUUGUUUUGUGUGAAUGAUCUGCUUGAAAGUCAAUCAAAUUGAUUCUCAGCUGGUUUAGAUCGAGCCUAUCACUGUUACCUACUCAAAGUAUGGGAUGUCCUGCAACUUUAGAUCAUGUUUUUACUAAUCGGCAUCGUUUUCCUCUGUUUGCCAUGUCAUGGUGGACUGUAAAUAUAUCGGGACAGGUGACGCGAUCAAUCAUUUUGGUUCUUUUGCGGUGAGAUUUUGAAUCCUUUAAAGCGGCUCUGCUGUAACGGGAGAGAAAGGGUUUCUUUUACUGUCACGCAGUCGUAUCGGAAAAAUACGAAGCCAGGGCAGUGUAGCCUGAAUAAACAUACUGUCAAAUCAGAGAGUUUUGGGUGGGGCGGAUGGUUUGAAUGGUUGCGGUGGGACGGUAAUUUGUAAAUGAAAUUUGUGUCGAUGCCUUUAAUGUACAAAGUGUAAAAUGAUUCAAGAUGAAUGAUUAGCGGGAAGUGGAAUCGGCUCUACAGCGCCCCCUGGCUGCAUUAUGCCUUAGUCGUAAGGCUUUGCGAUCAGUAGCUUGUUUUUAGCUAAGCAAACAGGGACACUUUUACCUUGCCUGUUCCAAUUUUAACAUAAUAAAAACAAUUUAAAAAUAUAUUUUGAAAUUGCUUUAACUUUUUUUUUUUUUCCUGUUGUGCCGAAAAACGAGGAAAGCACUAGUGAAUUCAAACAACUGGCAUUCUUUCCUGACAAGAGUUUGAAAUGCCACACAGUAUGUUUGUGUAAUUAUUUAUUUUUGAUUUUAUGUAUUUAGACCGUGUGGCACAAUUGGCUCUCUAGAUCAUCGCAAGGCACAUUUCUCUUUCUUUGAGGUUUUUAAAGGGAUAAAAUACACUGCAAUACACAAGAUGGUCUCUUUUUUGUUUUGUUUUUUGUUGCAGUGUACUAAUAGUGUUCAAGUUUGUUUGUUACCUAAAUGUGGAAUACUACCUGAUUUACAGAGAUAACGUUUCUUAGGCUAGUACCAAAAAUUUAAUCUCAAUAUUCUGUUAAUACUGUUUUGUUGAAUGAAAAUUAUGCAUUAAAGACUUUCAAAAUUA